AAAUUCAACCUUAAAAGCAAAAGAAAGCUGAAUAAUUGUUUAGAAGACCUUUCAAUGUCUUUCUUUUUUGUUCUUAUCAGUUCCGCGCAAAUUUAACGACCAACAAAAGUGCUCAUCGAUUUCUUUUUCCAAUCAGCGUAGAACUAUCUCUGCCAAAUACAAUCUUUAUUUUAGAGCUAAAAACAUCUAUUUCUUCAUUCAGCAGCAGUUUCUUGGCCCGAGAAACCUAUAUUUAUCACAUUGUUUUAUACACCAGUUCAAUUUGUUCAAACAUGUCAGCCUUUGCAAAAAUUCGCAUCGCAAACUUCCUCAACAAAUUAUUUAUUUUGUCAGUUAUUUUGUUAGUCAUAUCUAUAUACAGCUGUUCAGCCAAUGAGUCAGAUAUGGCUGAUCCCUCAAGGUACAUAGCAUCUCCCCAAUUGAGGGACAACUGGAAUUCACUACGAGGAUUCAACAAGAAGAACACAAACUGGAACUCAUUCAGAUCUUUCAAGAGGUCGCCCUCCCAGUGGACCUCACUGCGCAGUUUCAACAAGAGAUCACCUUCUCGUUGGAGUUCGUUCAGAAGUUUCAACAAAAGAGCAGAAGAAGAAACUAGCUUUGAAAAAUGAACCAACAACAAAACAAGGACAUAAAAAGCAGAGCCGACAGCUGAGUCAAGUUGAAAAUAUUGAGAAUAUGUCUAUUUUGAAUUGAUAUUGGUCGUAUUAUGCUGCAAUUUACACCGACUAAACGCG